CAAAUGUUCCAUUCUCGAAGUACCAGUCUAUCUGGUGCAUAGCUCCAUCGUCGCAUUCUCUCUGCCCCCCAAAGGUCUCGUCGCUUAUCAUUGAGAUUAGAACGUCUAAUCUGGGGAGUUCAAAAAAGUUUUUGAGCUACAUUCUCCACAGACUCUCACCCCAUAUCUCCAGACCAACAACAUCAAACAGCCAUGUCGGAAUCCAAACCCAACGCCAACAUGCUAUGGGGGGGUCGCUUCACCGGCGGCCUCGACCCUCUGAUGGUGUCGUACAACGAGUCCAUCUACUUUGACCGGGCCAUCUACGCCCAGGACAUCCGAGGGAGCAUAGCAUACGCCCGCGCCAACGCCAAGAUCGGCAUCUUGACCCAGGACGAAUUCCUCGCGAUCGAAAAGGGGUUCGGGGAGGUCCUCUCGGAGUGGGAGAGUGGCAAGUUCGAGAUCAAGCCCGGCGUCGACGAGGACAUCCACACGGCCAACGAGCGGCGGCUGGGCGAGAUCAUCGGCACGCAGAUCGCGGGCAAGCUGCACACGGGACGAAGCCGCAACGACCAGGUCGGCACGGGCAUGAGGCUGUGGCUGCGCGACCAGCUGAGGGAGAUGGAACGACACCUCGUCUCUCUGCUCCGCGUGACGACGUCUCGCGCCCAGUCCGAAAUCUCCGCCUUGAUGCCGGGGUACACUCACCUCCAACGGGCGCAGCCCAUCCGCUGGUCGCACUGGCUCCUGAGUUACGGGAGCGUCUUCACGUCGGACCUCGAGCGGUUGAGGGAGGUGAUCAAGCGCGUCAACAGGUCCCCGUUGGGGUCGGGCGCGCUGGUGGGCAACCCGUUCGGCAUCGACCGCGAGGCCAUGGCGAGGGAGCUGGGGUUCGAGGGCAUCAUCAACAACUCGAUGGCCGCCGUGGCCGACCGGGACUUCGUCGUCGAGACGCUCCAGUGGGCCGCGACUCUCAUGCAGCACAUCUCGCGCUGGGCCGAGGACCUGAUCAUCUACUCGACGGCCGAGUUUGGGUUCGUCCGGCUCGCCGACGCCUACUCGACGGGCAGCAGCCUGAUGCCCCAGAAGAAGAACCCGGACUCGCUGGAGCUGCUCCGGGGCAAGAGCGGCCGCGUGUUCGGCUACAUGGCGGGCCUGAUGAUGAGCGUCAAGGGCCUCCCUUCGACCUACAACAAGGACCUCCAGGAGUCGUUCGAGCCCAUGCUCGACGGCGUCAAGACCACGGCCGAUUCGAUCCAGAUCGCCACCGGGGUCCUGUCGACCCUCUCCAUCUUCCCUGACAAGAUGAAGGCCGCCCUCACUCCGGACAUGCUCGCCACCGACCUGGCCGACUACCUGGUCCGCAAGGGCGUCCCCUUCCGCGAGACCCACCACAUCAGCGGCCGCGUCGUCGCCCUGGCCGAGAAGGAGGGCAAGCCCAUGGACCGACUGAGUCUGAAACAGCUGCAGGGCGUCGACCCCAGGUUCGGCGACGACGUCAUGGGCGCCUUCAACUACGAGGCCAGCGUCGAGAAGAGGACGGUCCUGGGUGGGACGAGCAAAAAGAGCGUCGAGGAACAGAUUUCUAGGAUUCAAAAGUUGCUCGAAUAAAUUUUCCUUGACACGACAACUGGGUCUAUGUAAAUUGUUACUACGUUGUAACACAAAUAGAGAUAGAAAUCGGUGUCUCAGAGACCUUGUUUUAUUUUCUCCUUUUCACGCAACACGGACUUCUUUUAUGAGGGGAGGAUAAUGUCAAAAGUGUCCAGGUUUCGUUUUUGGUAUCAUAAUAAAACAAGCUCUCAUAUUGAAAUGCCCGUCCUCCUUGGAGCUUUAGUUGUUU